UCCCCCGAGCACCCCGAGCUCCGCCACUCCCCCUCUCUCGGCUCGGUCUCUCGCCAGGCGCGCCACACGCGAGAAGGCAUGAGCGACGAAGCAGCGCCCAGAGCUUGGGGUAAGUGUGGCCGUUGGUGUAAUUGUGAGGCCGUCAUGGCAGCAUUUAAAGGCAUCUGGACCAAGUCCUUCUGGAAGUCUGUUUCAGCAGAAUUUUUGGCCAUGCUCAUUUUUGUCUUCCUCAGCCUUGGCUCUACAAUCAACUGGGGUGGAAUUGAAAAACCUCUGCCUGUGGACAUGGUCCUUAUUUCUCUGUGCUUUGGACUCAGCAUUGCAACAAUGGUCCAGUGCAUUGGACACAUCAGUGGUGGCCAUAUUAACCCUGCAGUGACGGUUGCAAUGGUUUGCACACGAAAGAUCAGCCUUGCCAAGUCAGUCUUCUAUAUUGCAGCCCAGUGCCUGGGUGCCAUCGCAGGGGCAGGGAUUCUCUAUCUUGUCACCCCAUCAAGUGUAAUUGGGGGACUGGGAGUUACCCAGAUACAUGCAGAACUUUCCACUGGACAUGGGCUCUUGGUAGAGCUGAUAAUUACUUUCCAGCUGGUUUUUACUAUUUUUGCCAGCUGUGAUUCUAAACGAAAUGAUGUCACCGGUUCUGUGGCAUUAGCAAUUGGAUUAUCAGUUGCAAUAGGACACUUCUUUGCUAUCAAUUACACAGGGGCCAGCAUGAAUCCUGCUAGGUCAUUUGGGCCUGCAGUUAUCAUGGGUAAAUGGAAAGAUCACUGGGUAUAUUGGCUGGGACCAAUUAUAGGAGCUGUCCUGGCAGGUGCCCUUUAUCAAUAUGUCUAUUGCCCUGAUGGUGAGCUUAAGCACAAGUUCAAAGAAGCCUUUACUAAAACAAGCCAGCAGUCCAAAGGAAAAUACACGGAAGUAGAAGACCCCAAGAGCCAGGUGGAAACAGAUGAUCUGCUCCAGAAGCCUGGGAUAGUCCACUUCAUUGAUCUUGAAAGGGGUGAAGAUAAGAAAGGAAGAGAUCCUACCAAUGAGGUGCUAUCAUCUGUAUGACUAGCAAGAAGCACUGAAAGCAAAGAUCAGCCUGCUAGCAUAUCCACAGAUAGUUUUCCACCUAUAAAAGAGACAGACCUGUUGUGAAUUAGUCACUUAAGAUAACUUAAAAGGUAGGACAAUAUCAUCAAUGAAUUAGCUGUUUAAUCAGACCAUACUCCCAUUCUGUGAGAUGAUAGCAAUGUUCUAUAUUGAGGGAACUUCAUAAAUUAUGCCCAAUCCAUAAAUAAUCUUCUUGGUGAAUUGGUGUAAG